UGUUGUCGGGGUCCCCCGAGUGCCGUCUCGCUGGGACGGCGAGCGCUUCCGAUAGCGGCGGCUGCGGCUAUUGCAUUCGGCCCUGCCAUGUCCUUCAACAAAAUCCCACCGCGGUGGCUGAACUGCCCGAGGCGCGGACAGCCCAUAGCAGGAAUAUUUUUACCUCUGAAGACAAUGCUAGGACCAAAAUAUGAUGAUAAAGUUGCUGAAGAGUAUCGUUUCCAUCCCUUUAUGUUAUCCAACUAUUUAAAGAGUCUCAAGGUUAAAAUGGGCCUGUUAAUAGACUUGACAAACACCAGUAGGUUCUAUGACCGAAGUGAUGUAGAAAAAGAUGGCAUCGUAUAUGUAAAGCUUCAGUGUAAAGGGCACGGAGAGUGUCCCACUCCUGAAAACACAGAAACAUUCAUCCGUAUAUGUGAACAGUUCCGUAAUAAGAACCCAACAGAACUUAUAGGUGUUCACUGUACACAUGGUUUCAAUCGUACUGGAUUUCUUAUCUGUGCCUUUCUGGUUGACAAGUUGGAUUGGAGUAUUGAAGCUUCUGUGGCUACUUUUGCUCAAGCCAGACCACCUGGUAUCUACAAAGGUGACUAUUUGAAAGAACUCUUCCGUCGUUACGGCGAUAUGGCUGAUAUGCCAGCACCACCUCCUUUACCAGAAUGGUGCUUUGAGGAAGAUGAUGAAGACGGGGAGGAGGAUAACGGCAAGCUGGGAACUCCAGAAUCGGAAGCUUGCUCGUCAACUUCCUUUUCUGGCAGAAAAAGAAAAGAACACUUAAAAUUGGGUGCUGUGUUUUUGGAAGGAAUAUCCGUUAAACGUGUAAUUCAAGUAACAAGUCAACCAAGGUUAGGAGAAAUCCAACUUAAAUGCCAACAAUUUUGUGGCUGGAAAGGGACUGGAUUCCCUGGGGCGCAGCCUAUUUCCAUGGAUGAACAGAAUAUUAAAUUGUUAGAGCAGAAGCCAUACAAAGUAAGUUGGAAAGCAGAUGGAACUCGGUAUAUGAUGUUAAUUGAUGGUAAGAAUGAAGUUUAUAUGAUUGACAGAGACAACUCUGUGUUUCAUGUGUCUAAUUUGGAGUUUCCGUUUCGUAAAGAUCCACGUGUGCAUUUAGAAAAUACUCUUUUGGAUGGGGAAAUGAUAAUUGACAAGGUAAAUGGUCAAGUAGUUCCUCGGUACUUGAUAUAUGACAUAAUAAAAUUCAGUGGACAACCAGUUGGAGAAUGUGAUUUUAAUAUUCGUCUGUCAUGUAUAGAAAAAGAGAUUAUACUCCCACGGCAUGAUAAGAUGAAGAAUGGUCAAAUUGACAAAGCACAAGAACCUUUUAGUGUUCGUAACAAACCAUUUUUUGACAUCCACGUUGCAAAAAAGCUUCUUGAGGGAAAUUUUGCAAGAGAAGUCUCUCAUGAAGUGGACGGACUAAUUUUUCAGCCUGUAGGAAAAUACAAGCCUGGACGAUGUGAUGACAUUUUGAAAUGGAAGCCACCCAGUCUAAACUCAGUGGAUUUUCGUCUAAAAUUAGCAAGAGUUGUUGGAGAAGGGCUUCUCCCAAGGAACGUCGGACUGCUUUAUGUUGGAAGUUUAGAUAGACCUUUUGCAGAAAUUAAGGUAACAAAAGACUUGAAACAAUUUGAUAAUAAAAUAAUAGAAUGCAAGUUUGAAAACAACAGCUGGGUAUUUAUGAGACAAAGGAUAGACAAAAGUUUUCCCAAUGCAUACAGUACAGCAAUGGCUGUAUGCAACAGUAUACAACAUCCAGUGACAAAGGAAAUCCUUUUUGAAUUCAUUGAAAAAUGCAUGGCAGCAACUCCAGGACAACCACGUAAACAUCACCUAGAUCCUGACACUGAACUAAUGCCACCACCACCACCUAAAAGACCUCGGGUGUCGUAACAGAUCUCUUCAGACCAAAAAAACAGUAGAAUUGUUUAGAAUUCUACAAGAUAAUAUGUAUGGUGUAAAUAUCCUGUAAAUACUUACGUGCAUUUUUUUUGGAAUGCCACACCACGAACUAAGAUUUGUUUUCUACUUGACAAGUUGAACAUUGUUUCUAAAUUUGAAAAAUAUUUAAUCUAAAGGGAUGAUGUGGAAUCAGUGGAAAGCUAUUGUUUGGUAGGUAACUUUCAAAUUUGAUAUUUUAUACCAGCUAUCUGGAACUGUGAAGCCAUGAUAAAAAUGUUUC